AAAUGCGACCCUUUGCCCUCUAGACAUAUUAGAUUGGAGGUAUAUGGACACAAAAGAUGAUUUAUGGACAUAUACACAGGAAAAAUAUGAUAUCCCUGAAAAUGCGAGAAAAUGGACUUUAGAAGUAAUUGAAUCUGCUUGGAGAAGGCAUAAAUUUGAAUUGAAGAAAUUAUGCUAUAAAUCAUGUGCUAGUGAAGAAACCAAAAUGGCAAAAAGGCCUCCUUAUGUUCCAGAAUGUCAACUUAAGGAACUCAUAAAAUAUUGGGACUGUGAUAAACACAAGAAAAUAGUUGAAACCAAAUGUAGGAAUCGAAAAAAGUUAAUGAAACCACACACUGCUGGCAAAAUAAGUUUUGCUUUAGUCCGCAAUAAUCUGGAGAAAAAAAAGGAAAGUAAUGUAUCACUUAAGGAGUUAUUUUUGGUUACAAGAACAAGACACCCUGAAUGUUCAUACAAAGACUCGAAUGAAGACUCCAUUAGUAAAAUUGCUGAAAUGAAAGAUAUUGAUUAG